AUGGAGCGGGUCAAUGAGACUGUGGUGAGAGAGUUCGUCUUCCUCGGCUUCUCAUCCCUGGCCAGGCUGCAGCAGUUGCUCUUUGUUAUCUUCCUGCUCCUCUACCUGUUCACUCUGGGCACCAAUGCAAUCAUCCUUUCCACCAUUGUGCUGUACAGAGCCCUUCACACCCCCAUGUUUUUCUUCCUUGCCAUCCUUUCCUGCUCUGAGACUUGCUACACCUUCGUCAUUGUACCCAAGAUGCUGGUUGACCUGCUGGCCCAGAAGAAGACCAUUUCUUUUGUGGGCUGUGCCAUCCAAAUGUUUUCCUUCCUCUUCCUUGGCUGUUCUCACUCCUUCCUGCUGGCAGCCAUGGGCUAUGAUCGUUAUGUGGCCAUUUGUAACCCAUUGCGCUACUCAGUGCUCAUGGGACAUGGGGUGUGCAUGGGACUAGUGGUGGCUGCCUGUGCCUGUGGCUUCACUGUUGCACAGAUCAUCACAUCCUUGGUAUUUCACCUGCCCUUUCAUUCCUCCAAUCAACUACAUCACUUUUUCUGUGACAUCUCUCCUGUCCUUAAGCUGGCAUCUUACCAUAACCACUUUAGUCAGAUUGUCAUCUUUAUGCUUUGUACACUGGUCCUGGCUAUCCCCUUAUUGUUGAUCUUGGUAUCCUACGUUUACAUUGUCUCUGCCAUACUUCAGUUUCCUUCCACAUUGGGAAUUCAGAAAGCUUCUAUCUUUAGGAUUUUUCCAGAUGUUUUCUGA